GCUGACUGUUUUAGGUUCAGUCUUGGAAAUAUGUCACCUAGUUAAUUGCGGAACAAAUUUCUUGCUCGGUUCUAUUAUGCUUGGAUAAAAUUAGACCUUCCGUUAGAGAGUUUCCUUUCAGGAGUGUGUUUGUAAUUGGAAAUUGUAAACUCAAUCAGUUGGGUUCGAAUUCUUGACGUCAAAAGUCUGUUCAUUUAUUCCAUCUUUGUUUGACGUCAUCGGUGCGAUAAUUUAAAAUCAUUUCCUGUAUAUUUCAACUUAUUGCUGUGUUUCAAUUCGAACAAAAUGGUCCACUAAAGCUACUUCAAUGAUGAAGAUAAAUUGUUUUCUCAUUAUUUCCGAUCUAGUGCUAAAUGAAAAAAUGAUUAAGUCAGCUGAAAUUCGUAUUUUAUUCAGUCCAACAUUUCGCGUUCCUUUUCAGUUUAUACAAUGGGCAUUGACUUGCUAAUUGUUUAGUUUAGCCAUACGCUUGUUUGAAAGUUUCAUCGUUGGCUUCAGUUUUUUGCAAUACAGUUGUCAAACAGUCUACUUAAUGCAUGGCUGUCCCUCAAAUGAGCCUAAAUCGCCCCAAUUUUGACCCGUUUGCCCAGUCGCAGCCGGAAGAAAAUAAUUUUUCAAGGAGUCACUCCCAAGUAGGUCUCGGCAGCAGUCACUCGUCAAUCUCCGAAGCGGAAAGCGACUUAGAUGACUCAGCAUCUGUCGGAGGCGCCAGCUCGUGCAAUAUUCCUUCCCGUUUCGGGCCAAGACUAGCACCCAUCGGUGCACCUGCCGAGGAAUCAGUGAGUAUGGUUGACUCGAUCCCUGGCGCUUCAGAAGCGGGUACAAAUGAAACAGUAGAAGUGAAACUAGGACGUCUGAAAGUACUCGAAGAAAAGCAAGAAGAUUUGAAUUCAAGCUUGUUGAACCUCACAUCACACUUUGCUCAGGUUCAGUUUAGACUGAAACAGAUUAUUAAUGCUCCACCUCAUCUGAAACAAGACUUGUUGGCCGAAUUGGAGGAAUUUGCAGGAAAGGGGUGUGUAGAUACAAGACAAGUUAUGAAAAGUAAGGAAAGCUUGGCGUCAUCAACAAAGAGCGAAGAAGAAAUAUCAGCCGCGGAACAUGAGGCUAAACUGGCUGAACAAAAGAGAAAACAGCAGGAGUUGAUAGGAGAGUUGAAAGAACAGCUGCAGGAACUGGAGACUUUUGCAUAUGAAAGUGGCCAGGGCGAGCUGCCACAGUCGGUGUUGGUUGAAAAACAGAAGGCGAUGAUAGACCAGCUGAGGAGCAGACUCAACAUCAACUUGGACGACUUUGAAAACCUCACCACCGAACAACUCAAGACAAUCGUCGACUCAUCUCUUCAACGGAUUAUCAACCCGGCCAAAGCGAAGGAGGAUCUUCUGUUCCAGCUGCAGUCCCAGAUCAGCGACCUGGAGAGGUUCAUCGACUUCCUGAUGGUGGAGGGCAGUGUGGCCCCAGUGGGCAACCAGGCCCUCUGUGCCUGCAACAAGAAGUGUCCAGUCCAUCUGGCAGACGCCUCCUCCUCCAGCCAGUGUCAGGGACACCACUCGAGUGGCACCGAGACUGUAAACAGUGCAAAGGCCAAAUUUUUUGCUCGCAACAAAUCGAAGAACAAACAAGACGCAAGUACGUCAAACGAAGAACAGAACGAGCAAAAGAGGGAGACAUACAACACGGUCAAGAAAACAAUGUACCUGAUCCAGAUGUAUCUUUUGGCCAAUAUGGGAUGUGUGGGUGGGAACCACUUGAAGAGUGGCAAAACAACUUCCAGGAAGCAAGACGGAGAGUUGAGAUCUGAGAAAGAGGAGUUUGAACACAUGUUUAAAACGAAACUGAACAAACUAGCAAGGACCGUUGACUUCAUCAUUGAGAAAAACACUGAAUCCUGUGCGGACACGGACUAUUUAUCCGACUCCUCAGACACGCCUGCUGUGUUGGUAAAUGCAGAAUUGGUCAAGUCAGUGAGGAGAAACCUAGUCAUAUGCCUCAAGGAUCUCCUCCAAUUCUCCAGCAUUCCUACCUCCGACAAUGAAUUGUCGGGAAAAGCGGGGGCAGUGUCCCCCUUCAACUGUUUCAGCGGCCGCUCAGCUAGGCUCCGGAAGACGAGCUCAGCAGUGGCAGCUGCACAUAUAUGGCAACUGUUUCUCAGUUACUAUGAGAUCAAAAACGGAAACGACUACGUCCAUACUCCAGCUAGAAAGCUGAAUGACGCUUUCAGGCUGGAUACGUUUUCGCCCGCAGCUAGUAGUUCCACUGCUAUGUCAUCAAGCAGUGGGGCAUCGUAUAUGGGGAGACCAGCUGUAACUGCAAAGCAGACAAUUCUGGCCGCCAUCCACGACAUAGUGUCUACUCACGAACCACUGAGACGAAACUACGACUCCCAGUUUAAAGCGUUCGUCUGUCGUGGGUUGAAUGAGAAGCGACUGGCGCUUUGGUUCAGACUUGUGUUGAGAACGCAGGAAAUUGUCGACCAGUUCUACACUAGCUGGACAUACAUGAGCAAAGCUUACUUUGACGACAUCACUAAACUGUUGGAAAAAUUCGGCCAGCAUAACUUUACACUCCCUGUUAAUAUGGCUGUGAAGCCGAUUCGCAAUAUCAAAGAUGCUUUUUGAAAUCAUCGAAGUCAAAUAUUUGAAUGAAAUUUACAGAGUAGAGUUAUUUAGUUACUUGUUUGUGCUCAAAGUUUAAUUUUGUAGUUAAAAAUUGAUUGUUGUACAAACGCAUGAAAGGUGUAGGUGUUCUAAUGUCAGCUGUCUUGUAUAUACAAUUGUGUUGAUUGUGGGUUUUUUCAAAAUGUCGCCGAGUGUAUGCGAAAUUCUUAUAUUUUUUGUCUAGAGAAUUCUGAAUAUUUGGGUUUUAAUUUAUGAUACAGUUAGAAAUUGUAUAUUUGGUAUUUUGUCUGGGACAUUUUCUGAUGUAAAUUCGCUUAAAUCUACUUAAUGUUACGCUACAUUCUCUAAAUUAUGUUCUUGGAAACUUU